AUGGACAUAAAGCUUAAGCCCCAGGUUCCCACGUUUGUGGAAUCAGAUGAGCCAAUGAAGGAAAAUGAUUUGCAAUCUGCGGGCCAUUCAUCUAAUACAGGCAUUGAUCCAAGUGACGCAAUAGGGAAUGGAACACAGUCAAUACAAGACAUUGAGGUAGAAUGGAUCCUCCAUACAAAAGUCAAUCAUUGCAAAAAUCUCGAAGAGCUUGCACCCAUAGAAGCUUUAGCGAUUUUUAACCGAUUGAUCGAUGACCUUGUCCAGUUGAGUAAAUUGACAUCGAGAAAGCCCAGCGUAGAUCUAGACUUUCUUUUAUUUACGCCCACCAGAAGUCAUGGCAAGGGGCCGAAUUUACCUCAUUCAAUGACACAAGAAGCGGUGCAGGAGGUAGUACUGAAUAAACAAUUUGAAAGCGAUCAAGAUAUACAGCAAGAUAGAGAAAGGUAUGAAGUACCAUUGAAAAUCAGUUCCAAACUAAGGUUGAAUUUUGGCAACUUUUCAGCUGCCGCAGAAACCGGAGCUACAGGCUUGAAGAAUGGCGAAGUUUUAGGCCACUCUCCAGACGAUAUGAAAACGAACGACCAAAGACUUGACCGUUACGUUCUUUGUAGGAGUUUACCAGAUACAGGGCCAACGACUCUCAGAAAAUUUUAUCUUAAAAAAGCACCCUCACUUCAAAUACCGAGAUACCUUGAGCGAAUACAUCACUAUGCAAAUCUAUCUACGGCUACGCUUUUGACCUCCGCAUAUUAUUUAUUCCAUUUGACUUUCAACUUGAAGGCUCCUUUAUCCUCAUCACUCCUUCCUUUAAAGCAACCUCAAACACCUGAAGGGUUUGCAUGUGAAACUACAAUGCUUCAAAUAAAUGACUUAAAUGCGUUCAGGCUUGUGCUUAGUGUCCUGCGCUUAUCUCUUAAAUUGAUCGAAGACAAAAACUUCAAGCAAAGCUAUUAUUGCAAAGUGACCGGACUUCAAAGUGUGGAAGAGCUAUUCAAGUUGGAGCUGAACUUGCUUUAUCUACUAAACUUCAACCUCUUUGUCAAUGAAAUUGCCUUGACAAGAUUUCUAUUCCAGUUUCAACAGUUCGAUUCAAAUUUACGAAACAUUCUAAGCUAG